AUGUGCCUAUUUAAGUCAGAAAAUACCAAACAAUUUGGAGUCUUUGACCUAAAAAGCCUAUCAGACAUUUCUGAACAAGACGAGGUAGUUGACGGCAUCAAUGAGCAACUGGGUGACUUCCAGUUCAUUGAUGAUACUCCUGAAAAUGAGCAGAACAGAGAGUACACAGUAAGACUUAAUCUUGGAAAUGGCUAUUCCUACACAGGCCAAGUUCUCAAAGCAACAAAGGUAAUGGAUGGGAAAGGCGUGAUUAAAUACCCUGACCUCUCUGUAUUUUCUGGCCAUUUUAAGAACAAUUGAGCUGCUGGCCUUGGAAGAUUGAUUCUCUCAACUGGAGAUGUCUAUGAAGGUGAGUGGGCGGAAGCCCAUCACCCUCCAGACGACUCUCCUUUCAUGAUUCUCAAAUCUUGGCCUCAUGGCGAAGCUACCUUUAUUAAGCUAAACGGAGAUCAUUACAGUGGAGAGUGGAGCAAAGGUAUGAAAUGAGGCUAUGGCAAGCAAGCUUUUCAAGAUGGAAGCGAGUAUAAUGGGUAUUAUGAAAAUGACAUGAUGAACGGAGGAGGAAUUUUAAGGAGCCCAGAUGGACAAACGUAUAAUGGAAACUUUGUAAAUGGAGUAAAAGAAGGAGACGGUUGAUGAGAGUGGCCAGACGGAAGGAUCUAUGAGGGUGAGUGGCAUUUUGAGUUUUUUACAGAUUUAAAAAAUCAUUUGUUUAAGAUGAAUUUAGGAGAAUGGAAGGAUAAUAAGAUGCAUGGGAAAGGACUUUUGAUUGAAGCGGAUGGGACAAAAGUUGAAGGUCGAUGGGAUAAAGGUCAAUUUUGAUCAGAUGGAACAAAAGUCGAGCUGAAUCAAGAAUCUGAAGAACCAAAACUCCCUUGAUUAGAAGAAGCCCAAAUAGAAAAUAAAUUAACCCAAUUUUAGUAUAAAGCUAACCUUGAAUAGAAGUUUCAACAGAAGACAAGGAUUAUCAGACAUAUCGCUUAUAUCCUUCAUUGCUUUUUGAAAUUUGCCAGCAUCUUCAUCAUCGCUUUUAGGUUGCAAAUCUUCAUUAACAGGCCCAUGCUUUUCAAUGAGUCUCUCUAGUCUUUCAAUAGUCUUUGAAAAUACUUCAUUUGCCUUUACAUCAUGGUCGUAGAUUCUCAUAUCUUGGCUUUCGUAAGCUGAAUUUAAGGCUGAUUGAUAAUUCCCCUCUCUUUCAUGUAGAAGGACCAAUCUAUGGAGGGCCCAUGGAUAAGUAGGGUCUUCAGCAAUGCUCAUGUAAUUAUAAUGCUCUGUUAGUUCAAUAUUGCCUAAAUUAUAGCAACAAACAGCUGCAUUAUAGAACAGCAUAGCUUUGAGUCUCUGGAGAUCAUUAUCAUUAAUCUCUCCGUCUUUGUCAAGUUUGGCAGAAUUCUGGUUGAUUCCAUCUACUCCAAGUGUAUUAGCCAUCUCCACUGCUUCUACAUAUAUCUUCUUUGCUUUGUUAAAGUUCCUUUUCCUGAACUGAGAAUUGGCUUGCUGCCUAAGCUCGAGUAUAUCCUGAAGACCAUCUUCUGACAUUUUGCUGAAUUAUUU